CUGGCAUUACACACAAAAAAAAGAGAAGAAGAAUUCUACACUGGGCGACUCCUUUGUGCUGAUAUCGAAAGUAAAAAUCGACAGGAAUAAUAAAAAAAAGAGACUUCAAAACGGUCAUAAACAAAAUAUUAAGGUGUAGGUUCAGUUUCUCAAUAUGGAGGAGAGAGAGAGCAGUGAGAGAUCUUCAUCUCCUGAUUGCAGCUGUGUGUCUCUGAAGAGUGACAGAUCCAUGAAUAAGCCUCCUUUACUUAGUAAUGAUCCAAUGACCUCUGACCCCAGGAUCUCAUGGAGAUUGAGAGUUUCAUCUACUGAUCUCAGCUGUGUGUCUCUGAAGAGUGACAGAUCCAUGAAUAAGCCUCCUUUACUUAGUAAUGAUCCAAUGACCUCUGAACCCAGGAUCUCAUGGAGAUUGAGAGUUUCAUCUACUGAUCUCAGCUGUGUGUCUCUGAAGAGUGACAGAUCCAUGAAUAAGCCUCCUUUACUUAGUAAUGAUCCAAUGACCUCUGACCCCAGGAUCCUCAGGAGGAUCAAGAGGAAGAGAUCUUUAUCUCCUGAUCACAGCUGUGUCUCUAUGAAAAGUGACAGAUUCAUGCUUGAUCCUCCUAAUUUCAGUAAAGAUCUGGUGACCUCUGACCCCAGCAGAGCAGAUCGAGACAGAAGCAUCUCUCAAGAAGCCACAUCUGUCUUCUGUCUGAAUAAAAAUGUGAAUGAUGAACUACAGAGAGUAAAAGUAAAAGACCAGCUCAAAACCAGCAUGAAGAACAAGUAUGAGAGAUUAUUUGAGAGACUGAAACUCCAGAAGAAUGAAAGCCUCCUGAACAGCAUCUACACACAGCUCUACAUCAUAGAGGGCGAGAGAGAAGGCGUGAAUGAAGAACAUGAGGUUUUACAGAUGGAGAAAACAGCCAGAACACAACACUCACAAGACACUCCAAUCUACUGCAAUGACAUCUUUAAAGCCUCCGCUGAAGCAGGAUCUGAGGAGAAGAAGAAGAUCAAGACUGUUCUUACCAAAGGCAUCGCUGGAAUCGGAAAAACCGUCUCUGUGCAGAAGUUCAUUCUGGACUGGGCCGAGGGAAAAGCCAAUCAGGAUGUAGAUUUCAUAUUUGUGCUUCCAUUUCGAGAGCUAAACUUGAUCAGAGAUCAUCAGUACAGUCUUCACAGACUUCUGCUGGACUUUCAUCCUGAACUUCAAGAUCUGGACUCACAGAUUUAUGAGGAGUGUAAAGUUGUGUUCAUCUUUGAUGGUCUGGAUGAAAGCAGAAUCACACUGAUGUUUUCAGAUGAUCAGAAAGUUUGUGAUGUGACCGAGACUUCAUCAGUGGGUGUGUUGAUGUCAAAGCUCAUGAAAGGAGAGCUGCUUCCCUCUGCUCUCAUCUGGAUCACCUCCAGACCAGCAGCAGCCAAUCAGAUCCCCUCCAAAUACAUCCACCGUCUGACAGAAAUUCAGGGAUUCACUGAGCCUCAGAAGGAGGAAUAUUUCAGGAAGAGAAUCAGUGAUGAGCAUCAAGCCAGCAGAAUCAUCUCACACAUCAGAAGAGCAAGAAGCCUCAACAGCAUGUGUCACAUCCCCGUCUUCUGCUGGAUCUCAUCCACUGUGCUUCAGAAGCUCCUGGAAGAAGAUCUGAGAGCAGAAAUCCCUCAAACUCUGACUGAAAUGUACAUCCACUUCCUGCUGAUUCAGAUCAACACGAGGAAGCAGAAGUAUGAAGAGAGAGAUCCAGAGAGACUCCUGCAGUCCAACAGAGAAGUGAUUGUGAAACUUGCUGAAGUGGCUUUCAAACAGCUGAUGGAGGGCAAUGUGAUGUUCUAUGAGGAGGACCUGAUUGAGAGCGGUAUAGACAUCACUGACGCCUCAGUGUAUUCUGGGAUUUGCACUGAGAUCUUUAAAGAGGAAUCUGUGAUUCAUCAAAAGAAAGUCUACAGCUUCAUCCAUCUGAGCGUUCAUGAGUUUCUCGCUGCUUUCUAUCUGUUUUUCUGCUUUUUAACAAAGAACAAGAAGCCACUGGAGAUUUUUCUGCAUGAAUUCAGAUUUAAAGUCUCUCUGUAUAAUCUACUAGGAUCAGCAGUAUAUAAAGCACUCCAGAGUAAGAAUGGGCAGCUGGACCUGUUCCUGCGGUUCCUGCUGGGUGUCUCACUGGAGUCCAAUCAGAGACUCUUACAGGAUCUACUGACACACACAGAGAACAGCUCAGAGAGCAUCAGAGAAACCACACGGUACAUUAAACAGAAGAUCAAAGAUCCUAAUGAUUAUAAUCGUCUCUCAGCUGGUCAAUCCAUCAGUCUGUUCCUCUGUCUGCUGGAAGUGAAAGAUCAGACUCUGUCCAGAGAAAUUCAGGAGUUUGUGAAAUCAGACAAACACUCAGAGAAACUCUCUGCAGCUCACUGCUCAACGAUCUCCUACAUGCUUCAGAUGUCAGAGGAGCCGCUGGAUGAGCUGAACACCAUGAAAUAUAACACAUCAGACGAGGGGAGAAGAAGACUGAUACCAGCUGUGAUCAACUGCAGAAAAGCUCUAUUUUCUGGCUGUGAUCUCUCAGAUCAGGAUUGUGAAACUGUAUCAACAGCUCUACAAUCCUCAAACUGUGUCCUGAGAGAGCUGGAUCUGAGUAACAAUCACCUGCAGGAUGCUGGUGUAAAGUUUAUUUCUGAUGGACUGAAGAGUCCAAACUGUCAGCUGCAGAUACUGAGGUUGUCUGGCUGUAUGGUGACAGAAGAAGGCUGUGGUUAUUUGUCUUUAGCUCUGAGUUCAAACCCUUCACACCUGAGAGAGCUGGAUCUGAGCUACAAUUACCCAGGACAAUCAGGAGUCCAGCUACUCAACCACAAACUGGAUGAUCCUAACUAUAAAAUGCAGAUACUCAAUGUGGCUCAUGGAGGAGAGAUAAUGAUGAAAGCAGGACUACGAAAGUAUGCCUGUGAUCUCACACUGGAUCCAAACACAGCCAACACUCAACUCAUGCUGUCUGAUGCGAACAGGAAGAUCACAGGUGUGGAAGAUCGCCAGUCGUAUCCUGACCAUCCAGAGAGAUUUGAUAAGGAUCCUCAGGUUCUGUGUGUUGAGAGUCUGACUGGACGCUGUUACUGGGAGGCUGAAUGGAAGAGACGUGCCGAGAUAUCAGUGUCAUAUAAAGGAAUCGACAGGAAAGGAGGGAGUGACUGUGAAUUUGGAUUCAAUGAGAAAUCCUGGAGUCUGGUCUGCUCUGAUAAAAAAUUCUCAGUCUGUCACAAUAAGAACAGCACUGAUAUACCUGCAGUCUGUUCAUCCUUUAAGAGAGCAGGAGUGUAUCUGGACUGGUCAGCCGGCUCGCUGUCCUUCUACAGCGUCUCUGACACAGACACACUCACACACUUACACACACUCAACACCACAUUCACUGAACCACUCUGUGCUGGAUUUAGAGUUGAUAAUGAUUCCUCAGUGUCUCUGUGUGAUAUUAAAUGAUAGAGAGACCCCGUAAAUCCUCUUUCCGAUCUUCACAUGCACACAAACUCAAAUCAAAUUGAUUAACAUGGAAACGCUUUUGUGGCAUCUUAUCCUGAUAGCACCGAAAAUAACUUAAUUUACACUUUCAGUUUUGAUCGUACAGAUAAGAGCAAUACAUCAAUCGGAUCGGUAAAGGGAUUACUUUUAUUUGUAUACAUGCAUAAUAACAACAAAACUUUGUGCAAUUAUAAAAUAAAGAUAGCAAACAAGGUGCGCUGAUCUUCAUUUACAAACGCAUCAUUAAAAUGAACUGUAACUCAGUGAAUACUCAACGAAGUGACAUGAGAUAUAUAUAUAUAUAUAUAUCUAUAUCUAUAGAAAGCUUGACAUAUCUACUUUUAAACUAAACAAGUGCUACCAAAAUAAAAUAUUCUGUGUUAAAUUAAUCCAUAUGAAAACAAUGAGAUUUUCAUUGUUCAAACAACCACACUAAUGAUAAAAAUCCAACCAGUGUUUUUUUUUUUUUUUUUUAAUCUCUGUAAAUCAUUUCCCCUUUCUCAGCUUGAGUCAAUCGCAGGAGCUUGUCUUUGUGACAUCAUACACACAGGCCUCUCCCACAAUAGUUUGAUUGACAGUAGUGUUUUAACACACACUGGACUGGCAUAUGGCAAGUUAAUUGUGCCAUGGAUAAUCUACCGAAGGAGACAGCUGUGUACUUUCACGUGAUAGAAGGGUUAAAUCACCUCAACAGAUGCAUGACACCAAUGUCAUGGACAAGUACACGUCUGCAUUACACAUAUCAACUAAAUAAUACAUCAGCAGAGCUGUAAUUUUGCCAAUUAUACAGUAAUAAAAAUGAAAGAUGAACACGUUUGUCAGCAUCCUACAUCUUGUAGUUUGUGUCCGGGCUUCUAGAGUUUCCGUUUUCUUUGCUUUACUUCUUACUCAUGUGGCCUUGUUAGCAUUAUCCAGGUCACCUGUGCCUUGUUUUCCCCAGUGUAUUUAAGUUGUAUAUUUUGGCCUUGGUUCCUCAAUCGGUUUUUGAGUCUUCACCCUGUGUUUCCUGUCUGGUCUCGCUAAAGCCUCCCUAGCUACUAAAAGUAAGGUUUCCCGAGUUCCGUUCUUUGGUAGUUGUUUUGCCGCAGUUAAUUCCUCAGUACGAGAAUAAUUUUUGUUGUAUUUUUUCUUCCAGAGAUUAUUUUAUUAAAUCUACACUUCCUUUUAAAUCUACACCUACCAUCAUUAACUGCUCCAAUGGCUGAGUGGUAGAUCUCUCACUCAUCAAACCAGAGAUCUGAGUUCUAACCUGGCACAACCUCUAACACAUUUAUUUAUAAUAAGCAAUAUUUUAAGUAUAUUUUGAUGCUUAUAAUCCUGUAUUUUACUUUAUUUAAAGGAUGUAUUUGUAUUUUAAUUAAAGGGAUAGUUCACCAAAAUCAUGAACGUCAUAAUCAAGUAAUCACUGAGUAAUUUAUCAUUUACUUGUCUUUUGUGGAACAUAAACGUUAUUCUGAGACUUUUGCUUUUAUGCAAGACUUUUCCAUGUCGGAUAAAGAUACGAUUUUUGGCUUCCUUAUAAUAAACACAAUAAUGUCAUAAAGAACUGUUUAUACUCUGCUUACUCAUGAAAUUAAGCUAAGAUUAAAAAUUUACACUGGUUUAUUGUA